UGACGGAGCCACGUAAGUGACGCGCCUGUCUGUCAGCCGAGCCGUAGAACAAGAUGGCGGACUCCUUAGCAGCGGCUCAGGGAGAGGAGAACGAACCGGAGAAAGAAGGCAAGGAGAGACGGAUGGAGGGAGGUAGUGAGAGCCGGGGGUCGAAGGAGACCUCCGAGGUGACGGAGACGCUGGGGUUUUACGACAAGAAGAAAGUCCAGAAGGACAAGAAACGGAGUCUGUCUGAUCUGUCCCUAGCGAGGUUCAUGGGGGCGGAGCUGACCCGAGGAUACUUCCUGGAACACAAUGAGGCUAAAUACACAGAGAGACGAGAGAGGGUCUAUACCUGCCUCCGGAUCCCCAAGGAACUAGAGAAGUUGAUGCUGUUUGGGUUCUUCCUGUGUCUGGAUGCCUUCCUGUACGUGUUCACCCUGCUGCCUCUCAGAGUUCUAUUGGCCCUCGUCCACCUACUGACCCUACCCUGCUGUGGUCUGAGUGGGUCUCCUCUCCUCCAGCCAGCCCAGGUCUGUGAUGUGUUGAAGGGUGUCAUCAUGGUGUUGUGUUACAUCAUGAUGAGCUACGUGGAUUACAGCAUGAUGUAUCACCUGAUCAGAGGACAGUCUGUCAUCAAACUCUAUAUUAUCUACAACAUGCUGGAGGUUGCAGACAGGUUGUUCUCUUCGUUUGGUCAGGACAUUCUGGACGCUCUCUACUGGACCGCAACAGAACCUAAAGAGAAGAAGAGAGCUCAUAUAGGAGUUGUUCCUCACUUCCUCAUGGCUGUUCUAUAUGUCUGUAUCCUUACUGAACCUAAAGAGGAGAAGAGAGCUCAUAUAGGAGUUGUUCCUCACUUCCUCAUGGCUGUUCUAUAUGUCUUUCUUCAUGCUAUCCUCAUCAUGGUUCAGGCCACUACUCUGAACGUUGCCUUCAACUCUCACAACAAGUCUCUACUCACCAUCAUGAUGUCUAACAAUUUCGUGGAGAUCAAAGGAAGUGUGUUUAAGAAGUUUGAGAAGAACAACCUCUUUCAGAUGUCUAACAGUGACAUAAAGGAGAGGUUCACUAACUAUGUUCUGUUACUCAUUGUCUGUCUACGGAACAUGGAGCAGUUCUCAUGGAACCCUGACCACCUGUGGGUGCUGUUUCCUGACGUCGUCAUGGUGAUAGCGUCUGAGGUUACCGUGGAUGUUGUCAAGCACGCCUUCAUCACCAAGUUUAACGACAUCACUGCAGACGUCUACGGGGAGUACCGCGCCAGCCUGGCGUUCGACCUCGUCAGCAGCAGACAGAAAAAUGCCUAUACAGACUACAGUGACUCAGUCUCCAGGAGAAUGGGCUUCAUUCCACUGCCUUUAGCUCUGCUGUUGAUCAGGGUGGUGACCAGCUCAGUGAAGAUCCAGGGAUCUCUCUCCUUCAUGUGUGUUCUUCUCUUCUAUCUGGGGAUGAUCUCUCUGAAGGUACUGAACAGUAUCGUGUUGCUGGGAACGUCCUGUGUGUUCGUCAAAGAAGCCAAUAUGGAGGAGAAGCUGUUCCAGUCUCCCCCCUCUGCUGCCUCCAGCCGCUCCAACUCUAGAGCACACAGACCCACACACACCACCCCCCCAGGUGAGCCAAUCGUAGAAGAGGGGGUCGUGUCUUCAGCGUCAGUCACUUGUCAGCCAACCAACCACCAGCAAGAGAGUCCCGCCUCCACUCUGCCAACCAGCCAAUCAGACGAUCACUUCCUGACCACGCCCGACGGCGAGGACGGCGACAAGGACAUCUCCGCGGCAACGGGAGAGGAAGGAGAGGGGCUUCAACAUAGAAACCCCGCCCCCAAGAAAGACCUAUUGGAGAUCGACCGCUUCACUAUCUGUGGAAACCGCAUCGACUGACACACACACACACACACACACACACACACACACACAAUUGACUGGCUGAUACCAUGGCAACAAGAGACUGGCCAGGGGUUAAGAGGUCGUGCACUCAGAUGGACUCGCAAGACUGAACUCUGGGUAUUUUAUUUAUUAACAACGCGGCUGUUAUGUCAGCUGUCGUAGUGAGGUCGUAACACUACGUGAAGCUCCUUAAGGAUCCUUACAGCUGGACUAUGAAGCGUUCAGAAGACACUCUGAUGAUGAUGAUGGUGUUUAACACAAACUGACCGGUUGGUUUUUCCUCUAAAGAUGUUUUGUCAAUUUGUAAAAAAAAAAAAAAUUAAAGACAAAAAUGUCAUUUUAACAUUUAACCAUUAAUCUGCUCCAGGAGAGUGAUGACAACAAACCCCCCCCCCCCCCCCCCCCACACACACAGACUCUCUCACCAUCUGGUUGGUUCCCCCCACAGACUCUCUCACCAUCUGGUUGGUUCCCCCCACAGACUCUCUCACCAUCUGGUUGGUUCCCCCCACAGACUCUCUCACCAUCUGGUUGGUUCCCCCCACAGACUCUCUCACCAUCUGGUUGGUUCCCCCCACAGACUCUCUCACCAUCUGGUUGGUUCCCCCCACAGACUCUCUCACCAUCUGGUUGGUUCCCCCCCACAGACUCUCUCACCAUCUGGUUGGUUCCCCCCACAGACUCUCUCACCAUCUGGUUGGUUCCCCCCCACAGACUCUCUCACCAUCUGGUUGGUUCCCCCCACAGACUCUCUCACCAUCUGGUUGGUUCCCCCCACAGACUCUCUCACCAUCUGGUUGGUUCCCCCCACAGACUCUCUCACCAUCUGGUUGGUUCCCCCCACAGACUCUCUCACCAUCCUGUGUAACUGAACUGUGUUGAAUGCCCCUUUAAGACUCACACUACGUGACAUCACACUUCCUGGAGGAAGUUCACACCCCUUGACUCUAUUCCACAUGUUGUUGUUGUUACCGUCUGAAUUUAUAAUGACUAUAUGUUGGGUCCCUGGCUGACACACAACACCCCAUAAUGUCAAAGUGGAAUUAUGUUUGUCUACAUUUUUAACAAGUUCAUUAAAAAAGGAAAAGCUGAAA